AUGCCGGCCACCGAGAACUUAACAGGCAUGUUAAGUGGUGACCCCAAAAUAAGUGCUAUCUACAACUGGAAUCGAGUUUUCAUUCGAUUUUGUGAUGGAGGAUCAUUCGUCGGAGGUGCUGAACAACCAAAUCAUGUUACUAAACAUUACUACAGGGGUGCCAGGAUUUUCAAUGCACUUGUGAAGGAUUUGUGGGCAAGAGGAAUGAAAAAUGCUCAAAACGUACUUCUUUCCGGCGGCUCAAUAGGAGGGUUGCGUUCAAUCAUACACUGUGAUCGCUUUCGAGCUCAAUUUUCUAAGAAUGUUAAAGUGAAAUGUCAUGUUGAUGGUGCUCUCUUCAUUCGUCUGAAAAAUCCCCAGCAAGCAAAAUUCUUUGCUAUUGUUUUUCGGAGUGUAUUUGACCUUCAUAAACAUAACAAGGCAUUUCCUGCUGAGUUCACUUCAAAACGGAGUCUAUUUGAGUGUUUCUUCCCAAAAUCUUUGAGCUUGAAGAAACCCAUGUUCGUCGAUGAGAAAUUCGAGACAUUGGAGAGGGCACUUAUGGAUUGGUUUUUCGACAAACGUUCAGUGAACAAGAUAGACCCAACAGAGAUGCUAGUAUAUGUGCAACGCUAA